CGGGGCUUGUGAUCUAUUGACAUGACAGAGGGAAAAGGUGAACUUUGCACCGCGCUCAGGGUUUAGAUUUUCCCCGAAUAACGCGAGGGUCAAGACACUCGUGACACCAUGGCCACAGAGGGCGAGCCGACAGACCUGGUCAAAGUGCUGCACCUCCUGGUGCUCUCCUUCUCCUGGGGCAUGCAGGUCUGGGUCUCCUUCAUUGCAGGUUUUGUCCUGGUGGCGCGGGUGACGCGGCACACCUUCGGCCUGGUGCAGAGCAAACUGUUUCCUGUGUAUUUCUACUGCCUGCUGGGGAGCUCCAUCUUCAGCCUGGCCGUGUACGCUGUGUAUCAUCCCAGAGAGCUGCUGGACUGGCACGAAACUGUGCAGAUGGGUCUGUACUUCGUGGCGCUGGUCACGGCCGGGCUGAACGGUCAGUGGUUCGGUCCGGCAGCCACCGAGGUGAUGUUCCAGAUGAGGGAGGUGGAGAAGGAGCACGGCCUGGGCGAGCAGGUCGGCCUGGGCAGCCAGAAGGAGGAGUUCGCCAAGCUCCGAGAGCAGGACCCCAAAUACAGAGUCCUGAAGAGCACGUUCGGGCGCUACCACGGCCUGUCCAGCCUGUGCAACCUCAUCGGGUUCAUCUGCACCACCACCAAUCUCAUCUACACCGCCCUGAACCUAUCCACCAUUUAGAGGAGGGUCAGUCCAUCGAGGGGCCAAAACAAUCAUCCACACAUUCACUGAGAUUUACAGAUCUUUUUUUAGCUUUCCGUUUUAGAAAUCAACUCUCAAGACCAAGAAAUCUCUGCGUAAGCAUGUCUUUGUCUCUCCAUUGUGUUAUUUUUUCAAAGACAUGAGUUUAAAAUGUGAAAAUACAACAGUACAGGUGCAUCUGAAUAAAGAGAAUGCAAUGGAAAUGUGAAAAUGUCAACCAUUCCCAUAUUUUAAUUCAAAUAGUUAAACUUCCAUGUCUUUUUUAGAUUUAUUCCACAUAAACUGAAACAUUUUAAGCCCGUUUUUGGUUUUACUCAUUUUCAAUUUACCUUCUACAAAAUGGUAUUCAAAAAUACAUGGCUCAAAAUAUUGAAAAUAUUCAAAAAUAUAAUCUCAGAUAAAAUCAACUCUUUUUUUUUUAAUCACAAACCAGUUUGUGUUGGGAUAAUACUGACUUUUCAUGGAUAUUCUCAUUUUACAUGAUGCACUUGUACACAGUUAAGGAAUGUGAAUUUAAUCUCACAACUUUUUUUCUGUGUUUGAAGUGUCCUGAUCUGCCAGGAUGAGAAACACACCGUUACUGGCUGAUUGUAUCUAAAAGUUGAGUUUUUGAUCUAUAUUUGAAUGAUGUGAAUCUCAAAAAUGAAAAGCUGGAAAGCAUCAUUUAUUUUCGUUACUUCUGUUUUACAACUCUAUAAAUUGUAGAGCACUUCCAUGCUCGUCCAGCAGGGGGUGCUGUUCGGACGUCAUUCAUUCAUUUCUGAACACACUUUUGUAAUUGUUGAAUGCUGUUUUCUAACAAUGUAACAGAAAUGUGUAUUUUAAAUGUCACCUGCACUUUCUUUGAUUAACAAUGUGACAUUAAAGCAGGUAUUUUUAAAUUUUA